AUGAGCUGCGACCGGUUCGCCCGACCAGCUGCGGCUGGCUUGCUCCUUGCAAUUCCUUUCACGUUUCUCUUGGCCUGGUACUGGGACCAGGCUUCGGUCAUCGGCUUCGUCCCUGCCCUGCAUGACCACAGCAACACGACGAGGCAUCCUACGAGGCAUACUCCGCGCAAGGGCCGCAAGGGCCGCAAGGGCCGGAUAAGAGGGAUUCCUUUGGUGUACGUGUGGUUCUGUGGCGACACACUGGUUGAUGAGGAGAACAAAGUGGCCUGGAACAUUUCAGGGCCUUGCGUUGUCCAAGACUACUUUUAUCGGACCCUGGCUGUAAGCUUGCUACACGUCCCAACGGUGGUGCUACUCACCGACCCGUCUCUGCGGCCAAAAUUCGAGGCAAGAUUACCGGCCUUUGCACGAAAAGGCCUUCGUCUCGAGGACUACCUGCAGUAUGCAGACGCGAAGUUUUUGAAGCUCCGAUCGCUCUACGUACAGAAGCUGGACAUGACAGCCAGCACGUGGUUGGGCGGCUGCUGCCGCGGCAACAAAGAGCCUUUCGAAAUGUUCAAUGUUCUGAACUACUAUGUCCUCCGUGCCUGGAUGGAGGAAGAGGACGUCCCGUACGCAGCAUAUGCAGAGGCCGAUGUUGCUGUAAUCGUCCCGCCGUACCUCCCGAGAAAGUGUCAGAGUGAGAUCACCUGGCGAUCCCGGUGGGAUGCUAACAAGGAGUGGCAAGCAUUCACAUACAGUGCUCUGGGAUCUAUGGGCGGCGUGCUCAGUUUAGAUGUGCUCAACGAUUGGACUGAUUUCGAUAUCGCCUUAUUUGAGGAUUAUAUAUGGCUCCGAUACGCCAUCCAGAAGCACUUGUUUUCAGGCAUCAACCAAAUGAGCACUUGGUAUUUCUAUGCCAUGGGCAGCCUGGACACGGAGGGGCUGCCGUGGUCAGAUGGUGAGCCCUGGGUUCUGCAGUAUGUUCGGUUUCCGCCCAACUUCACACGACAAGAGCUCCAUGUGCCACCGCCACCGCCUGAUUCUGACUGGGUAACCUUGCCUGAAUAUCGGAUGCCGCCCACGAAGCGCUACCGCAUCUGCAAUGGAUACUAUCCCACGCAAGGACAUCUGAUCGACUCCGGCCACGGCUGGAAUGGGCGGAACUACAGCUGUUGCCACGUUAGGACCCCUGGUGGGAAGGUGGAGGUGGUCCACAGCGAAUCCCUGAACAGGUCCAUCCUCCGGGCCGUGGUCGACAACUUCACCUUGCGCAAUCUCCACUUCCAAGGCAGCUCCAAGCCUUUUAUUCCUAAACUCUUUGCUCCUUUGUUCCGGGUGUACGAGGGCUUCAACUUCUCAGUCGCCGUAGAGCCGCCGCUGGCAGUCCGGCCAACAGCGCUCAUCCUCGAGCAUCGCGUCCCGUCACGCCGGCCGGCCACACUGGUGCUGUUUCGGCUCCCGGAUCUAGACCAUACUGGCGCGGCAGAUCCCGCCUCUGCAGCGGCUGAGCCAAGCCCCUCCCCCUCGAAGCCCCCGCUGAGCCUCGAGGCGCGCAUCGCUGCGCGCCAGGAGGACACAGAAACCCUGGAGAUUUUGACCUCUGUGCUGAGGCGUUCGAUUUCCGGCACGGACGAGCAGGGCCGCACUCUGCUCUUCUAUGCCGUGCGCGGGAACCGCGACGACUCUGGCGCCGCGCAGAUCUCCAAGACUGCCGUUGCAAAAGCUGCCCUGGCUGCCCUGGCAGGUUCUCAGGUGAUGGACGCAGCACCACAUUAUCUGGUCCAGAGGCGGAACUUCGACGUGAACUUUCAGGUAGCAAGCUCGGGUCUGACUCCUCUCAUGGAGGCGACUCGCUUCGGCAACGCUGAGGCUGUUGAGGUCCUCCUGUCUCUGCGAGCCGAUCCGAGCCUGAAGGAUACUGCAGGCCUGACGGCGCUGGACAUCGCCAAGUCGCGGUUGCCAGCGUACUUGGAGUUCAAGGAGAUGCAGUGUUCGGAGGACCGAUGGCCUGCGGUGAAGGAGUUUGUCGACCGGGAUCGAGACCGCGUCGCUGCGCUAUUAGAGCGUGUCGCUGGGUAG